AUGCUCUUGCAACUGGGUAACCCCGUUAUUACAGGUUUUUCCUAUGCUGGCCGUGCAGACAGUUACCAGACGAGCACCUGGUCUCUAGGAGAGAAAUACAUCAAAGAAUACAACAGCUGGUUCCUGGAGCAACAAACACAGUUUUUGCUGGGAAGGGACAACUUUAAUAACUUCCUAAACUUCAUGGGCCACCUGUCCUAUCAGUGUGACAGGCUGUUAGGGGACAAAGAGAUGAUAACUUUCCUCCAGAGGGAGCGCUACGACAUCGCCAUCCUUGAUGCGUUUAACCCCUGCUCCUUCAUCCUGGCACGCAAACUCGGUAUCCACUACAUAGCUUUCUAUCCUGGCUCUUUGAACGGUCCCCUAUCCAUCGCUCUCCCCAGCCCAGUCUCAUACAUCCCAGUCUUCGGCUCCCAGCUGUCCGACCAAAUGGACCUCUUGGGUCGAGCAAAGAACCUCUUUUAUUCUUUCUUGGCUCCUGUAGGCCAGGAACUUGUAUGGUCGACUUUUAAGGAAGUAGCCGAGCGCCACCUGGAGUCAGGCUCCCCCCCUGGAGGUCUGGAGGAGCUGCAUCAAGGAGCUGAACUGUGGGCCUUCAACACUGACUUCUCCCUGGAGUUCCCCCAGCCCCUCAUGCCCUACACUGUGCUGGUGGGAGGUCUGCUGAAUAAACCUGCAAAGCCUCUGGAGCGGGAUCUCGAGUUGUGGAUCUCCAAUUUUGGAGAGGCGGGUUUCAUUGUCGUGGCCCUGGGGUCAAUGGUCUCUUCGGUGUCCGUGGAACCUCUGCUAGUGGAGCUGGUGGCUGGCUUCUCUAGGAUCCCUCAGGGGGUGCUCUGGAGGUAUGACCCAGAGCGAUGGCCGUCUCACCUGGACAGACCUCCCAAUCUCAGGCUAGUGGACUGGCUGCCUCUCAAUGACCUGCUGGGCCACAAAAAAGCACGUGUCUUCAUCACACAUGGUGGCCAAAACAGCCUGUUCCAGGCAGUAUACCAUGCGGUUCCUGUGCUGGGAAUCCCUCUGUUUGGAGACCAGUUUGAUAACGUGGUGAGGGCUAAAAAAAAGGGACUUGGCCUCGCCAUCAACCCCACACACAUCACCAGGGAACUGCUCAGCUCCACCAUUCAAACACUUAUGCAGAACGCCAGGUUCAAGUCUUCAGCUUUGUCCCUUAACAGGAUCCACAAGUCCCAUCCUGUCCCCCCAGCCCUUCGCCUCACCCAGUGGGUGGAGCAUAUCCUGCACAGUGGAGGUGGAGCUCAUUUAAGGCCGGCUUCACUAACACAACCGUGGUACCAGAGAUACCUGCUGGACUUGGUGCUUCUUCUCUCUUUGGGGCUUCUUGGACCCGUAGUUCUCUGCUGGACUUUCUGUAGGAACAAGAACAGCAGGGACAAACAAAAAAAGAUUCAAUAG